GUGUCCCUAAGCCUGGGCGAGAGCGGAGGAGGAGGCAGGCAGGGCAGAGAACAGCUGUCGCGCAUGCGCGUCGCCCCCAGCCCCGCCCCCUUCGCCCAUCCUUUCUCGUUUUCCUUCUGAGAGGCGACUGUUUCGCUCCCUUUCCCUUCCCUCCCCCUCGCCCUGUCCCGUCCCUCGCCGCUUCCUUCCUCCUGUCUGUGCCAUGGAUGGUGUUGUUACAGAUCUUAUAGCAGUCGGUUUAAAGCGUGGAUCUGAUGAGCUUCUUCCAUCUAGUAUCGCUUACGGGCCUUUUACCAUGAGCAGUUCUACUCCUGCUACAGCUAAUGGGAAUGACAACAAGAAAUUUAAAGGAGACAGAUCUCCCUGCUCCCCUUCUCGAGUCCUUCAUCUUCGUAAAAUUCCAAAUGAUGUCACUGAAGCAGAAAUAAUUUCUCUAGGUCUACCCUUUGGCAAAGUAACCAAUCUCUUGAUGUUGAAGGGGAAAAGCCAGGCUUUCCUAGAAAUGGCUUCAGAAGAAGCUGCAGUUACUAUGGUGAACUACUACACUCCUGUUACUCCUCACCUCCGCAGUCAGCCUGUUUAUAUUCAGUAUUCCAAUCACAGAGAACUUAAGACUGACAAUCUACCCAAUCAGGCUAGAGCUCAAGCUGCAUUACAAGCAGUGAAUGCUGUGCAGUCUGGAGGUCUGGCUCUUACUGGUGCUCUAGCUACUGAGGGUGGACUACCUCCUGCUCAGAGUUCUGUUCUUCGAAUUAUAGUUGAAAAUCUGUUCUACCCUGUAAGUCUAGAAGUGCUAUAUCAGAUCUUCUCCAAGUUUGGGACAGUCUUGAAGAUUAUUACUUUCACAAAAAACAAUCAGUUUCAGGCCUUGCUUCAGUAUGCUGAUCCAGUGAAUGCACAUUAUGCCAAAAUGGCUCUUGAUGGUCAAAAUAUUUACAAUGCUUGCUGCACUCUUCGUAUAGAUUUCUCCAAGCUAACAAGCCUUAAUGUAAAAUACAACAAUGAUAAAAGCAGAGAUUUUACUCGUUUGGACCUUCCUUCAGGUGAUGGACAGCCUUCCAUUGAUCCCACUAUGGCUGCUGCUUUUGUUUGGUGGAAACCUUCCCUGUUGCAGAGAGAUGUUAAUAUUCCUUGCAAAUGGGACCAGUCUCUUCUGACUAGCCAGGGCACUCCAGGUAUCAUCUCCUCACCAUAUGCAGGGGCUGCUGGUUUUGCUCCUGCCAUUGGCUUUCCUCAAGCAGGUCUGUCAGUCUCAGCUGUUCCCAGUGCACUUGGUCCUCUUGCAAUCACCACUUCUGCUAUGACUGGGCGAAUGGCUAUCCCAGGAGUUACUGGAAUGCCUGGAAAUUCUGUUUUGCUUGUUAGCAAUCUCAAUCCUGAUGCAAUCACACCAGAUGGACUGUUUAUUCUGUUUGGUGUGUAUGGUGAUGUCCAUCGUGUAAAAAUCAUGUUUAAUAAGAAGGAAAAUGCCUUAGUUCAGAUGGCAGAUGCAACCCAAGCCCAACUAGCCAUGAAUCACUUAAAUGGACAAAAACUAUAUGGAAAGGUGCUGCGUGUUACACUCUCAAAGCAUCUGACAGUACAACUUCCUCGUGAGGGACAAGAGGACCAGGGUUUGACUAAGGACUAUAGUAAUAGCCCUUUGCAUCGCUUUAAGAAACCUGGCUCAAAGAACUUCCAAAAUAUCUUCCCACCAUCUGCCACUCUGCACCUCUCCAACAUUCCACCUUCUGUCACGGUUGAUGACCUGAAGAAUCUUUUUGCUGGUACUGGAUGUGUUGUGAAAGCCUUCAAAUUCUUUCCAAAAGACCGCAAAAUGGCUCUCAUUCAGUUGGGCUCUAUGGAAGAAGCAAUCCAGGCUCUUAUUGAGCUUCAUAAUCAUGACCUUGGAGAAAACCAUCACCUCAGAGUUUCCUUCUCCAAAUCUACAAUCUGACACUUCUGUGACCUUUUUCUUUUUAAGACUCUGCCCACAAUUACCAGUAAAAUUCAAACCAGUGACUGGAGUAGCCAAAACCAACGCUGCGUCCUUAAACCAUUAAAUUUGUGUGGUUCAUGUAUAUUUCUAUACACAUUAAUGAAUCAAGGGAUGAUAUUUUCAUAUUUACUUCUGUUUAAAUGGCUAAUAGCCCUCCACAUUUUUUCUGUAAUAUUUAAUAAUGCAACACUUUCACUAGAAGCCCCUUUUUCUUUUCUUUUUUUCCUUUCCUUUUUUUAAUGAUUUCAGGAACAUAAUUGGUUAUUAUUCCAAAACAAUGUUACACAACAUUUCUGUGCCCCAUUAAACUAUAUUAUCAAAAUGUUUCCAAAUAGACAUAGUGGAUGACUUUAAACACUAAUCAUGUGGAAUGUUGGGAGGAGGUCUGUGACCAAUUAGGCAAUAUUUUAAUCAGUAACUGUUGAAAAUAUUGGAAGAAAGGCAGUGCCUUCCUUGUCCACAGAGUAAAAUAAAAAUAUUCAAAUAAAUAGUAUAAUUGACACAGGUAAAUUAUUUUAAUGUGAUCUUAGUGACAUUUUAAACUAGGUAUUAAAUCAUGGUGUGAGAGAUUACUAGAUUUUAUUACUGUGAAAUGCUGUGUAAUAAGAGUUUUGAAAAAAUGAAAGAAAUAUGUCCUGAUUUCAUGUUUUGUACAUUUCUUUCAGAAAAAAUGUUUACACUCUUAAGGAAAAAAAUUCAGGUCUGUCAUAUGGUUUGACAAAUUUUUAGAAAGGUUAUUUUUGGUAAGGUCUUGUUUAAAAAUAUAAAAUUAAACCUCAAGGGUUUUUUGUACCACUAUAAUCUCUAAUACUUAAAUCACAAUUACUGUGUAUUUACUUAAUUUCUUAUGUGCCUUAUUAUGUGCUUAUAAUGAUACAAUAGUUUAGAGUUUUAUCUGAAGUAUCUUUAAACUUGUAUUGUGGCUUGGUGAGAUUUUUUUCUUUGUCCUAGUUUUUAAAUGCUUGGUGAUUUUAAAAAUGUUUUAAUAAGUAAUAGUCAAAUCAGAUUUUUGGUGCUUUGGUACAGGAAUGGUUAGGGGACUGAAGAUAACUCAGUGAACAUCCUUAUAGGCCUCUUCACAAUAUUUUGGGGGUUACAGUUGUGUGACACCACUGUUGGGUUUUAAAGAAUGUUCUCCAGUUUCUGCAUGGUAUCUAACCUGUUGAGCCAUUGGCUCUUUGAGAAUAUUUUGCCUCAGGAUUCCUUUUCACCCAACAGUUUGCUGUACUAAAUGUGGACUGGCUUUCCUUCAUAAAUAUCACAACUUCAAUACUGAAUGUUUGCUCCUCUUUGGUGAGGAAGAUGAAAUGCAAUCUUACUUUUUUGUGUGAGAAAUAUAGGUAUACACAAGUUAUUUCUAUGAUUGUAAAACAAUGUUUUUAGAAGUGUCUCAAGAUGUUAUGUCUACUGAAAUUUUUCAUUGUUUUGUAAGGUAGUCCUCUCAAGUAAAAGGGUUAUUAAUCCUUAAAUUGUGUUGAAGAUGUACACAAAGACUUAAGAAAUGAAAAGGAGUGUAAUGAUUUGUAGCGCUCAUUCUGUCUUUGGGUUUUUAGUAAGUCAAAUUGUUCUGUGAAUAUCGGCUGCUGUUCAGCAAAAAGAAUUCCAUAACUUUAGAUCUAGCUCAAAGCUUUCUUUAAAAUGGUAACUUGGUAACUUAUCUUUGACAUGUAAGCUUCUUAGUAACAUCUCUGUAGCAGUGAGACCCUAGAGUUCAGCUGGCUGAAAACAGUAUUUUUAAAAGCCUAGUGUACCAAGUUUAACAAUGCAAUUUAAUUGGUCCAUAAUUCCGGUAUGACACUUGAGCCUAAAUGUGUCUCUUUUAUUCCAUUGAACCAUGACUUCAAGUAGAGCAUGUUCAAGAUGACAGCCUACUUAGUUGUAUAAAUUAAAUAGCUUUUUGGAUUAGAAUCCCAAUCAAUAUGCCUCCUCUUUAGAAUAACUUACUAAGUUACCUUUUAAACUUGGUCACCAUACGUUUAAUGCUGCUACAAAGGGGAAUGUUGUUGGAGUUGAUGAAUGUAACUGAAGCAGGAAAAAACCAAGUUCUGAGAAUGAGCAUUAGCAUGUAUAAUAUCAAGGGUGGAGUGUGUGUGUGUGCAUGUGUGGUGUGUGAACUAUCUUAUAUGUAUGCUGAUACACAUUGCAAGCAUUUAAUUUAUUGAUUUAACUAAUCUAAAAAACAAAAAUAACUUCAUAGUGUUUAACAGAUAAAUAAAUGGUUAACUUAACAUGAAAGACAGCUGCACAAUCCUUAGAAAACGCCCUUUCUAAAAUAAUUGUAGUGAUAAGUAGUCAUUUCUUGGCUACUUUGAGUUGUAGGGCAUACAUGCUGGCAAACCUUUUUUGAAAAUUUAUUUUGGAUAUACUCAUUCUGUGUAGUCUCGUCAUAAUUAUGUUGUCUUCUGUAUAAAUCAUCUUUGUUGUAGUGCAUGUGUGUUCAACGUUAGGGUUGAUUUCAUUUUGAAAUUAUUUUUCCAUGAGGUGCAAAUAUGAGAAAUGGCAGUACACACUUGGUUUGCAUUUUAAACAGUAAUUCUAUUUACAGUAAUAGUAAUCUUGUUUUUCCCCUCCCCAUCAAAACAAAAACCACUUAGUAAUAAGCUCUACAAUGCAACAUCUUUAAUUGGGAUUAACACAAAGAUGACUUAACCAUUUCUUGCCCUUUUAUUCCUUUGCUGCAGAAUGCUAUCAUUGGGUCUCUCAUCAAUUAGAUCUACAGUGAGUGUCCUGAAAAAUUAAGGAUUUAAGAGGACAUGGUUAUUGGGUAAAAUCCAUCUGUGCAAAAAUCUUUGACAAGCCCUUUAGUGUAGAAUAACCAGUUUUCUAGACUAAUUGAUCUUUGCUAGCAUUCAUUUUAUGAACUGAAUGUUUUAUUCACCUUUGAGGAUGAAGUGAUUGAGAUUUAAAACUAUGUGGCUCUUGCUUUCAAUGUGAAUGCUGUUCAUACCACAAUCUCCUGUGUCAGGCAUUUCUGUAACUUGUAGAGUGUGGAUUAUGCAUAUAGGGCUGUAGCCAAUGAAGUCUUUGAAUAUGUUGGCUUUUUAUCAAAUUAAAUAUAUUUGCUUAUUAUGCAGCCUCAGCCAAGGUCCCCUUUUAGUAUACUGGGUUAAGGGAACAUUUUCUCAAGUGAGGCUUUGCAUUUUAGUAAAUAAAAGCUUCUACUCAUUGUACGAAAGAAAUGCUCACAAAUGAAAUUAAGGAACAUGUAACACACCAGAGCCAAAGUGGUUUCAAAAAUAAACAAGUCUAAGGCUCACUGGUGUUGCAAAAUGGUAUUGGCACUUACAUAACUGAGUAGUGCCUACAGUUGCCUAUAAUUCUAAAAGCUAAGGCUGGAGUCCAGUACACGCUUACCUGGAAGUAAGUCCCACUGAACCUUAUGGAGCUUACUUCUGAGUAGACAUGUAUUGGAUUGUAGCCUAAGCCGCUAUAGCUUUCACACUGAAAAACAAACUGCUGCUAGCUUUGGAUACAAACUGGAAGGUGAAAUUUCCCCCCAAAAAACUGACUCGGGAAGGUCAGAGUGCAUUUUUAUGCAGGCAUAGCUACAGGCCCUUCAAGGGUCCUUAUGUCUUGGACUCUUUGCUUGUUAGCCCUACUAGUAAUUUGGGGAAGGUGGAUUUCUAAUCUCUAAUGAAAGGUUUGAUUGCACCAUUAAUCAACUAAGUCCUUGUGGACAUUUUUACAAGUUACAGAACUUCAAAGAAACAUUCUUUUUAAGUCUUGCCCAAACUUGGUUGCCUUUCAUGUUUCCCACCAGUUGCACUAUUUUUGUGCUUGAAAGAUUUCUUGAGGGCUUUUUGUGCCUAUAUAUAUAUAUAUCUAAAUGUAGCCUUGAGUUGUUCGUGUGACACUUCUUUUUCCCCAGACUGAGAGACUGUGCAGUGGAAUCUUGUUGCCCUAAAAUAAAGCACAGCAUGUGAAUUUUGCAAUCUCCCCACUACACAGUUAACUAUGACUAUCAUAACUAUGAUAUCUGUAUAUGGGCUUUCUUCUGGGAAUGACAAACCUGAGAUGUGCCCUUUCAGUCUUCAUCCUGUUAUAUGUAGUAUGUACUGCUAUUUUCAGAGGAGAGGGGCUGAGCAGUUUACUGUAUUAAAGCCAUUUUUAUUUGCCUUGACUUUUUUGUAGACUGGUAACUUCGAACAAAACUGCCAGAUUUAAACAGUUGUACUGAAAACUGUUGCACAGAGAUUUUCUUGAAGCAAACUAACUCCUAAUUGUCUUUGCAAAGAUCUGUCUGUGGUAUAUGAGACUGUUCUUAAUUUUUAAAUCAAAUCUUAACAAUUAGGAAUUAUUUGAAGAAAUAUAAAACUUCUAAAACUUAAUUUCAGGGUUUUUACGAAGAAGAAAAUAUUAUGGGACCAAAGUUUAUGUGCCUUCAGUAGACUUGUGUAAUUUUUUUUGCUAUCUGUCAGUCUUUAGAAUCAGUACUCUUGUUUUCAAAAAAUGUGUAUUUAUAUAGUAAAAAGAAAAAACCAAAUGACCCAUGAACUGUCCAUAUAUGCAGUCAGUUGCUGUUUUGUUUGGGUUUAUUAUCCCUUUGCUUUCUACCAUUAUAACAUGAAUCAUGCUGCACCACACAGGAAUCCAUGUUCAACUCUAGACAUCUGGCUUGUGGUUGUCACAGUAGCUUGUAACUGGGGAAACAAUAAAACAACAAGGAUCCUUGUGUCCAGAAAUCCUCAAUUAUAAAUUAAGAGUGCAUGCUUUGGUAGAAUUUUCAAUUCUUGGAUCUAUGUGCAGUAUUAGGAAUGAUAGUGAAAUAUCUAACCAGCUAUGUACUUAGAUUCAUCUCUUACCAUGUUUUGAUUCUUUUCCAAAUUCAUUCUCUGGUUCCUCAAAAUAAUUCAUCCCACUCUCAAAAUACAGUUGCUGACCAAGCAAAUUGUUGCAUCAGAUUGUCACCUCAUUGCAAUGACCAAAGAUUGUCUGCUCUGGUUUUACUGUGACAUCUUGCCAGUUUUCUCUCGCUGUCUGUCUCUCUCAAACUAUUUUUCCUGAAGGACUCGGUGUAAAGUGGCCUUUUAUAUGAAUGUUGUUGGUGAAUGAACUACUUAAUGGAAAAUUAGAUUUUUUUAAAAAAAUGUGAACCAAAUGUAAUGGCAUAAGGCAAGGGGCUAAUGGAUACUGAGUACUGUAUUAAGAGAAAAAAUGGUGCACAAUUACAAGAGUCAAACAUUCUCUAUUCAUGUCUUCACAACUCCCUUUUUAAGUUUGUAAAAAAUACUCUAACACAAGAAAAUGCUGUAAAUAUUUAUAACAACAUUUUUUACCUGUCAAAAAAGGUUUUUGGGAACAAGUAUAAAAUGGUUUUUAUAUUUAAAAAAAACAUCAAUUAUCUUGUAUAUUUUGAUAAGUAACAGUACCAGCUUUCAUUUGUUAAGCAGCUUGUGGCAUUGGAAGGGGAAAGGGAUUCCAUGUUGUUGAGAUGACUUGAUGUUAUAAAUGCAAAGAAGAAAUAUUAAAGAAACCUAUUUUCUAACUGCGUAGUGCAUGGUUAAUUUGAACUUCUGUACACUGCCGUAUAUUCCAUUUCUUUUAAGUUUUUGUGUAUUUGCUGAUUAUUACUUGAGUAUCUAUACUUAACUCUUUUUCUAACAACUCUAGUUGUAGCAUGCCUCUUAAUAAAUGUCAUGACA